AAUCUUGAGCACAUCCAACAGCACAACGCCAAGUACGAGAAAGGCGAAUACAGCUAUUAUCUUGGUGUCAAUGAAUAUGCUGAUAUGAGCGAACAAGAGUUCUCCAAGACCAUGAAGGGGUACCGCCGUUCUAACAAGAGUAAACACAGCAGUCUCGUCCAUGUGGCCGGUGACCUGAAAUAUUUACCUGAAGAAGUGGACUGGAGGACAAAAGGUUACGUCACAGAUGUCAAGAAUCAGGGAGCUUGCGGAUCCUGCUGGGCAUUUGCUGUCACGGGCGCCUUAGAAGGUCAGCACUUCAAGAAAACUGGAACCCUUACGUCACUGUCAGAGCAGAACCUGGUGGAUUGUACUCUGAAUAAAGGCAACUUGGGCUGUAAUGGUGGAUUCGCGACCUCUUCCUACGAGUAUAUCAAAAACAACAAUGGCAUUGAUACUGAAGCUUCGUAUCCAUACGAGGCCGAAAGUUUCUGUCGCUUCGAACCCUCCAACGUCGGCGCCAACCUGACUGGGUAUGUUGAAGUUAGGUACGAGGAUGAGGACGCUCUACAGGAUGCUGUGGCUAACGUAGGACCAGUCUAUGUCGCCAUACACGCCACCUCUAAAUUUCAGAUGUACAGCGGUGGUGUCUUUUACGAUGUUGACUGCAUCCCGGACCAAACUGACCACGCCGUUCUUGCUGUUGGUUACGGCACCUACCAGGGAGACGAGUACUGGCUGGUCAAGAACAGCUGGGGUGAGUCAUGGGGGAUCAAGGGCUACGUCAUGAUGGCCAGAAACAAGAACGAUCACUGCGGUAUUGCCACUGAUGCAAGCUAUCCGACAGUUUAGAUG